AAAUCGGUUCAGAACCCGGAGAUCACGGGAAUAUCCGUCGCGCCGAGGAGGCUGGUUAGUCUAGCUCUGGGUUCCGGCUGCGUUGGGCGUGCGUGCAGCUCGCUUAGAUUAUGGCGUCCGGGCCUCACCCGACCGCGAUGGCAGUUGCCGUCGCCUCGUCGGCUGCCCCGAGCGCGGGCGGUUCUAGCUCCGGCACGACAACUACGACGGCCACGACGGGAGGAAUCCUGAUCGGCGACCGCCUGUACUCGGAAGUUUCGCUCACCAUCGACCACUCGCUUAUUCCGGAGGAGCGGCUCUCCCCCACCCCGUCCAUGCAGGACGGGCUCGACCUGCCCAGUGAGACGGACUUGCGCAUUCUGGGCUGCGAGCUUAUCCAGGCCGCCGGCAUUCUCCUCCGGCUUCCGCAGGUGGCGAUGGCAACGGGGCAGGUGUUGUUUCAUCGUUUUUUCUACUCCAAGUCUUUCGUCAAACACAGUUUCGAGAUUGUUGCCAUGGCUUGUAUUAAUCUUGCAUCAAAAAUCGAAGAAGCUCCUAGAAGAAUAAGAGACGUGAUUAAUGUGUUUCAUCACCUACGCCAGUUAAGAGGAAAAAGGACUCCAAGCCCCUUGAUCCUUGAUCAGAACUACAUAAACACCAAAAAUCAAGUUAUCAAGGCAGAGAGAAGGGUACUAAAGGAGUUGGGAUUUUGUGUUCAUGUCAAGCAUCCCCAUAAGAUCAUUGUUAUGUAUUUACAAGUCUUAGAGUGUGAACGUAAUCAAACCCUGGUUCAAACUGCCUGGGUAGUCCAUGAUGGAAUUAUAUGAAAUGACAGUCUUCGAACCAAUGUUUUUGUUCGAUUUCAACCAGAGACUAUAGCCUGUGCUUGCAUCUAUCUUGCAGCUAGAGCUCUUCAGAUUCCACUGCCAACUCGUCCCCAUUGGUUUCUUCUUUUUGGUACUACAGAAGAGGAGAUACAGGAAUCUGCAUAGAAACACUUAGGCUUUAUACCAGAAAAAAGCCAAACUAUGAAUUACUAGAAAAAGAAGUAGAGAAAAGAAAAGUAGCGUUACAAGAAGCCAAAUUAAAAGCAAAGGGAUUGAAUCCUGAUGGAACUCCAGCCCUAUCAAACCCUUGGUGGAUUUUCUCCAGCCUCUAAACAUCAUCACCAAGAGAAGUAAAAGCUGAGGAGAAGUCACCAGUCUCCGUUAAUGUGAAGAUGGUUAAAAAGGAACCUGAAGAUAGACAGCAGGCUUCCAAAAGCCCUUACAAUGG